UCCUACAGCUGAAUAAUUGCUUGGGUGUUUUGAACCAUUAUGGGUGGUGAGGAGACUAACCUGAUUGAUCUUACACCUAACAAAGAUGGAGGAGUUUUGAAGGAGAUUUUAAGAAGUGGGGAAAGUGAAGAGGGACCUCUCCAGGGAGAUAAAGUCUUUGUUCACUAUGUUGGCACUCUUGAAGAUGGAAUUAAAUUUGAUUCAAGCCGAGAUCGUGGUGACAAAUUUAGCUUUACUCUUGGGAAAGGGGAGGUUAUUAAGGCAUGGGACCUUGGUGUGGCAUCUAUGAAGAAAGGUGAAUUAGCAAGGUUGACUUGUGCAAGUGCUUAUGCGUAUGGUGAAAAUGGAAGUCCUCCAAAGAUUCCUCCAAAUUCUACACUAAUUUUUGAGAUCGAGUUAUUUGAAUGGCGAGGGGAGGAUCUUAGUCCCAAAGAAGAUGGAGGGAUCAUUCGUAGAAACAUUAAACAAGGUGAAGGGUACCAAACACCUAAUGAUGGUGCCAUAGUUGAUGUUCAUGUUGUAGGUCGUGUGAAUGGAACAGUAUUUGAUGAAAGAGAUGUCAAGUUUCCAUUAGGGGAAGGUACUGAGCAUAACAUACCAGAAGGUUUGGAGAGGGCUAUUGAGAGAUUUAAGAAAGGAGAAAAAUCUUCAAUAAGGCUUGCACCAAAGUACGCUUUUGGAUCUGCUGGUAAUCCUUCCCUAAAUGUGCCUCCCGGUGCUUCACUGGAAUAUGAGGUUGAGUUGCGAAGCUUUGAGAAAGCCAAAGAAUCAUGGGAGAUGGAUCAAGAAGAAAAAAUUGACCAAGCAAAAGUCUGCAAAGACAGAGGAACGUUAUUCUUUAAACAAGACAAAUUUAGACUUGCUGUUAAACAGUACAAGAAAAUAAUUGAUUUACUGCAGUAUGAUUCCGGUUUAGAUGAUGAAAAAAAAGCAGAAAGUCAUUCAGUUCUAUUGGCUGGACAUUUAAAUCUAGCAAUGACAUAUCUCAAAUUGAAGGACAACUCACAUGCGAGGGAACAUGCAACAAAAGCUCUAGAAUUGGAUUCUUCUAACGUUAAAGCACUUUUCAGAAGGGGUCAGGCCAAUUUGAAUAUGGGAGAUGCUGUGCAAGCCCAGAAAGACUUCCAGGCUUGUUUGGAUUUGGAAGAGACAAACAAAGCUGCGAAGCAGCAGUUACAGAUAUGUGCUGCUAGAAUUAAAGCUGACAAAUUGAAGGAGAAGAAGAUUUAUGGGGGAAUGUUUGAGAAAUUUGCCAAACAAGAUAAAGCGAGAGAGGAAGCCGAAGCUAAGAGAAACAAGGAUGUAAUGGGAGGAGAUCUUGGUGAAUGGGGAAAUGCAGAAGAAAAGUGUGAUCCUGGCAAAGUUGACCUCGCACAGCAGUUAGACAUCGAAAAUGUUGAAAUGCUUUAAAUGGUAGUUUGUUGUGCUUGACUGCAUAUGAAAACAAUUAGGCACAAGGACUGAACUCAUAAAGAGGAAUUAUUUGGUUUUGUAGUUUUCCAUCUUAAAGUUAAAGUUUUUUUUUUUUUCUUUCUUUUUUUGAAAGAAAACUUUUGACUGCAAUGACAUUUUUGACAGGAAGUAGUUGGUCCCAUAUUGAAUGGUGUGGGAAAAUUGCAACCAGCUUAAACUACAUGAGCAGGAUAAAAUGUUAUGUAAAAAAAAUAUAGAAAAUUGCAAUUGUCAUUUUCAGUGACCAUUGUCAACUCUCACUUUUAAAGGCCUUUUAAAGUGUGAUAGCUGAACUUCCAUAAAUGAUGGGAAGGUGAUGUAUGUUUUUUUGUAUUUUUUAAGGCAGCAAUGCAUUUUAAUAGUGGAGAGAUUUAAUUUCGUUGCAACUACUAUCCUGGAGCACAACUCCAACCCCUGUUGUUAUUAACUUUUCCCAUUCAUAAAAUAGAUUAACCAUGUCUUACAUAUCCCCUAUGCUAUUGUCCAUAAUUUUCUAACUUAUGUUACAUCAUAAAUGUCAAACUGAGAAUUGAUCCCUCCUUUCUCCUAAAUAUAUUUCAAAAGUUAUCAAUGGAAACUAAUUCAAGUUUAUACCUUAAAUACGAAUGUUGAACACAUUUGUCUGUGGUUGGUAGUAAAAUGUAAUUUCUAAGUUGGUAUGUAGUUUGUAAACUUUUAUUGCUUUGGGUUCCUCAGUACAAAAUGUUUUCAUUUAGGAGUAUGUAAUUCAUUUUGAUAACCAAAGUGUUCAUAAUCAUUCCAUUAUCUACAUUUCAAGACUGUGUAUGUGGAGUGGGUGUACCCUAAGUUCCAAUACUGUAUAAUCCCCCUUAUGGGUAAUGUCAGAUGUGCAUUUCCUCAGUUAUUUGAGGUAAGUGCAUUAACAGUGAUUUCUUUAGUAUUUACUUCUUGUUUCACCAAAGUAUCAAGUGUCUCUCUCUCACCAUGGAUUCCGUAUCAGCAAAAUGAGUGCAACAUUUUGUGACUCCUUUAAAUGUAAUUUUUAUGUGCAUUUAUCAUUUAUUGAAAGAGAAAUUUAAAUUUGUCAGCUUGAUUGUAUGAGUUUACUGUUGUUCAUACCUGGAUCUUUUUACGUACAGUAAUCCUUCGAUUAUCUGCAAUAAUAGAUGAAGUCAAAGUCUGGAUAGGGUCAAAUAAAACUAUGAAUGUAGAAUGGUAAUGCUGCAUAACCAUAAAUAUUAAUUAUGUUUAUAAACAACAAGCAUCUCACUUGAAACUGAAAACUUGAUGCAAAAGGCAAUUAGCUAGCUUAAUUUUCAUAUUUGUAACUCUCGUAAAAAACACAAGUAUGAUAGGAUUACACAUGUAACACUUUAUUUUAACUAUUUGCCUCAGCACAUGCAAAAUUAUUGUAUGAUAUUAAGAAUACAUUACUUAUUAAGGGUAAUAAGAUAAUCAUGCUUUGGAGAACAUUUGAAGAAACUCACCUACAUGUAGUACACAUUAACACACACACACCUUCCAUUUCUCCAAUAUCUUUUUUUUAUUUAUUUAUUUUUUUUUUUUCAUAAUAUUUACGGCAUAUUAUCAGUUUUGAGUCCACAUGAAGAAAAAAAUCAUUAUUAUCCUUCUAAAAAAUGCCAUAAAGAAACUGUUUCCCAUUAAUCAUGAAUUGGAACAUCAACUGAAAUUACCAGUAAAAGAGAAUUUUCAUAAAUAA